CAAUAGCCUCUACUCUUGUUCUAUAACUCCUCAAAUAAAUUGGCGGCAAUCAGUUGACCAGAAUCAUAGAAAAAUGGGUGUUCACGGUUUAUGGGACCUCUUAUCCCCCGUCGGCCGCCGAGUCUCCGUCGAAACUCUAGCCGGAAAACGCCUCGCAAUCGAUGCGAGUAUAUGGAUGAUACAAUUUAUGAAAGCUAUGCGUGACGAACGCGGUGAGAUGGUAAGAAAUGCUCACAUAUUAGGGUUUUUUCGUCGCAUUUGUAAGCUACUGUUUUUACGAACCAAACCGGUAUUCGUUUUCGAUGGGGCAACGCCUGCGUUGAAACGUAGAACUGUCAUUGCUCGUCGUAGGCAGCGCGAAAAUGCGCAAACUAAGAUUAGGAAAACUGCGGAGAAGUUACUUCUUAAUCAUCUUAAGGCAAUGAGGUUGAAAGAAUUGGCUGAUGAUCUAGAGAAUCAAAGAAAGAGUAAUGAUGGUAGUAAUAAGGGGAAAAGGGUCGUUACUGAUGAAGCUUCUGUGAAAAUGGAUUUACCGGAUACGAAAGGCGUAGAUCAAGAAGCUUUAGAUGCAAUGUUGGCAGCGUCAAUUGAGGCGGAGGAAAAUGAGGGUUUUGUAGGUGAGGCAUCAACUUCGGGUGUUCGGGAGCUUGAAGAAGAUGAGGAUGGAGACGACGAUGAUGAAGAGAUGUUACUUCCAGCACUGCAAGGAAAAGUUGAUCCAGCUGUUUUAGCUUCUUUACCACCAUCUAUGCAACUUGAUCUUCUUGGGCAAAUGAGAGAAAGGUUGAUGGCAGAAAACCGUCAAAAGUAUCAGAAAGUGAAGAAGGCCCCUGCCAGAUUUUCUGAAUUGCAAAUAGAGUCUUAUCUUAAAACUGUUGCCUUCCGUAGGGAGAUAAAUGAAGUGCAGAAAGUAGCUGCUGGAAGGGGAGUUAAUGGAAUGCAGACUUCACGGAUAGCAUCUGAAUCAAAUAGAGAAUAUAUAUUUUCAUCUUCUUUUACUGGAAAUAAGCAAUCGCUUGCAUCUUCUGGAUUGGAGACAAAUAGCAACGUGCAAAGUCAGAUACCAACAAAGAGACCAUCUACAAGUUCUGUUAAUGGUGAGACAACCAAUAAGUCUAGUAGUGUUAUUGAGUCUGUCAUAAACAAUCCCAAAAAGGCAUUUCAUGAAGAUGUUGAGACAUACAGAGAUGAGUGGGGACGCAUACGAGUGAAUAAGAUGAAAGCUAUGGGAAUUCGCAUGACUCGUGAUUUGCAGAGGAAUUUGGAUCUAAUGAAAGAGAUUGAACAGGAUAAGGUUGAACCGAGUAACAAGUCAGAUGAUCAAAUAAGCCAAUCUAAAGAAACUGCUUUUCCAAGUAAACUUCCAGAAACUUCUAAAGAUACGAAUCAGGAAUCUGUGCCUGUUAGCGGAAUUACAAUAGAGUUGUCACUUGAGGCCGAAAAUGAGCUGCAUUUUGUAGACAGUGAUGAUGAUGUAUUUGCUCAGAUUGUAGCUAUAGACCCCUUAGUUGCCUCUUCAGCUGAUAAUGUGUCAUCUGUGAAGCAGUCUACUAUAACACUCUCGGAUUGUGAAUGGGAAGAGGGAAUGCCUGCAGAUAAUAAAGAAGGAUCUCUUGUUGGUCAGAGUACAAGUGAUGCAAGUGAAGUCGAAUGGGAGGAAGGACCUUCUGAUAAUCCCGAGUUGGGUUCUGUACAUGAAGUUGAAACUGUUUCAAGAGGUGAUUUACUGGAAGAAGCAGAUUUUCAAGAAGCAAUUAGACGAAGUAUAGAUGAUAUGACAUGUCAGAAUGAUAUUGAUGCAUCAUUUGCACCUGAGGCAUAUAAAGAUGACAAAAACAUAGAUAUUGAGGCGUCAUUUACCCCAAUAAUAUCCUCAGAGAGUGAACUUCCAAGCAAAUUAUCUAUCAAUGUGGAUGAAACCAAUAUAAACACGGCUAAUUGUUCUAGUACUCAGUUGGAGGCGGCUACUUUAAAUGGUUUAAACUUAAUGAAAGUGCAAAUGGAAACAUCAUAUCAGUGCCAUAUAGAACACGAGCAUAAUUCAAUUGAAACGGCAAAUGAUGAUUGGAAUUCUCAAGGAGAAACUGGACUUAUAGAUAAGGUGAACCCAGAAAAUGGAGUUGGUUUGAGUAAGGAGUUGCAUGACGAUAGUUCUAUAGGGGAUGCUGAGACUCUCAUCAGUUCUAACAGUAUAUUUUGUACUGCAAUUCAUAUUUCUAAUUCCUCUGAUGUUGGCGUGCCUGUCGUCGCUCUUAAUGAUUCUCACAAACACGAGGUCAAAGCUCCAGUCAUUUCUAAUUCCCUUGACACCACUUUUGAUGAUUUUCAACGUAAUGGAACUGCUGUUAAGGAAUCAAAAUCUGAAUUUGAUAGUGUGCAGAAGGUUACUGAGGAAAAAGCCAAUGAUGAUCUUAAUAAGGAAAGUGAAGACCGUCCCAACAAAUUUGUUUUAACUGACAUGAGCGAGGAACAGGUUGAAAUCACAAAGGCUAGUUUGGAGGAGGAACUGGCUAGUUUAACAAAGGAGCGCUCAGAUCUGGGUGAUGAACAAAGAAGGCAUGAACGCAAUGCAGAGUCUGUAAGUGGUGAUAUGUUUGCAGAAUGCCAGGAACUUCUUCAAAUGUUUGGUUUGCCAUAUAUAAUUGCCCCAAUGGAAGCUGAAGCUCAAUGUGCAUUUAUGGAACUGGAGAAUCUUGUUGAUGGUGUUGUUACUGAUGACUCUGAUGUGUUAUUGUUUGGUGCACGUAGUGUUUACAAAAAUAUAUUUGAUGAUAGAAAGUAUGUAGAGACAUAUUUCAUGAAGGAUAUAGAAUCAGAGCUGGGUUUAACACGAGAAAAGUUGAUCCGUAUGGCAAUGCUCUUGGGGAGCGAUUACACUGAAGGUAUCAGUGGUAUUGGCAUUGUGAAUGCGGUAGAAGUCCUAAAUGCAUUUCCCGAGGUUGAUGGCCUUCAUAAAUUUCGUGAGUGGAUAGAAUCACCAGAUCCAUCCAUCCUUGGUAAGGUUGAUGCUAGAGAAGGGUCGAGUACAAGGAAGAGAGGGUCAAAUAGCAGUGUUGAAGAAACCUCUUUAAGUGUUUCAAGGUCAGAUGAUGAUGAUGCUCACAAGAUGAAGCAGAUUUUCAUGGAUAAGCAUAGAAAUGUGAGCAAAAACUGGCAUAUUCCUUCUACUUUUCCAAGUGAUGUGGUAAUUUCGGCAUAUGCCUCCCCACAAGUAGACAAGUCCACAGAGCCUUUUUCAUGGGGAAAGCCAGAUCUCUUUGUUCUUCGCAAAUUGUGCUCUGAAAAGUUUGGAUGGGGUACCCAGAAGGCCGAUGAGUUGCUACAACCUGUUCUAAAGGAGUAUAAUAAGCAUGAGACUCAAUUGCGGUUGGAAGCAUUUUACACCUUUAAUGAGAGAUUUGCGAAAAUUCGUAGCAAGAGGAUUAGCAAAGCUGUCAGAGGAAUUGCAGGGAGCAAAACCACUGAGUUAGUGGAUGACAGUGAACAAGAUCCAUCCAAUGGAAAGAAGAGAAAGAAAGUGAAAACGGAACAGAGUAAAGAUGAUUCCACACCUACAGAAAAGUCUGAACCAUCAUUCCAAGAGGGACAGCGGAAAAACACCAAAAAGGGUUCAAGUGUUAGAGGAAGAGGCAGAGGAAGAGGUCAAUCAUCUGGAAAAGGAAGAAGUAAAAAGAAGCAUACUCAUGAACAUUCUGGAUCAAGUUCUGAUGACAGAAAUAGCAGCGACUAUGUGCAAGAAGUGCAUGCUGGACACUCUCAUGGGGUACGAAAGUCAAAACGUGUUAGGAAGUCAUUGAUAUCAAUGACCAUUGAAGACUCUGAAAUCGAUGAACCUACAACACUGGAAGAUCAUGCAGAUGCUGCUGGGGAUGAGGAAGACACUUUGGUCAGUACUGCAGCUCUCGAUGUUGAUGGAAGUAAUGACCACGAAAUCCCAUUGUCGGGGAGUGGAACUCAUGUUGAUGAGGUUCAACUGGGUCAGAAUUCUUGUCAAAAUGAUGUGGAUGGUCCCGAGGAAGAAUUAUCUAGAGAGUACCUUCACAUGGGGGGUGGGUUUUGCUUGGAUGAGGAUGAGGGUGACAAGGAGCCAGGAUUAUCUAAUUGCAGCUCACAAGCUGAAGGUCUGAAAGAAUCAGCUGCCCAUGAAGUUGAUGCAGAAGCAUCUGAUAGUGCAUAUGGUGCAGUGGAUUCAGCAGCGGCUGGGUUGCAAAGGAACAAUGAGCAGGAUGAUGAUGGGAUUAGACCUGUAACAUACUUGUCUGCUAUGCCCAACUUAAGGAAAAAGCGUAAGAAGGUAUGAGUUAUAUCUAGCAAGUUACUCGAAUGAUUUCAGCAACAUCAAAAUCAUACUUAGCAGAGUUAUCGACUUGUAUCUAACUCCUGGGAUUGCUCACCUAUCUAUCUGUUGACCUCCUUUGAAUGUCCAAAGUAGUCAAACCUAAUCUUAUUUUUGUCCCUAAUCCUUUGUAUCAAGUUAAAGUAUAUGAAAGUCGAAAGGGAUUUCAAAAGGGUCAUCUUGUCUAUAUGAAUGAACUAAGUUGUACAUAAUCGACAUGAGCGCCUGGAGUUGAAUCUUUCGAAAUGUAGUGUGCUUAUACGUGAUAGCAAAGGGAAUAUAUUUAAUACA